ACUUAACCCAUUUCUAUGUGUAAACUUAGCCACAGUUAGUGAAAGUAAAAUGCACGUUCAGUUAUAGAGCCUGCUAUAUUAUAAACACGAUCUAUAUAUACUCUUAACACGGUUUGGAAUAUGACGGACGAGAAUUCAACUAAGGUCAUAGAAAAUGGUUUGGCUGAAAUUGGUUCAGAAGACAAAGACGAGAAAGUAAAAGUAUUGAUUAAAGAUGAAUUCUGUGAUCCAGAUAAUCCAGUAGCUAUUAAAUUCCAAGACAUCAGUGCUGCUGCUUAUAAAAUAAAAGGAGGAAUACAAAAAACUCCAUGCACAAUAUCACAGAUGUCCAAUUUUGCAGAAAUGACAAUAUACUUCAAAAAAGAAUUUCUUCAAUACACUGGAAGUUUUAAAGAAAGAGGUGCUAGAUAUACAUUAUUGAUGUUGUCAGAGGAAAAAAAAAGAUCAGGUGUAAUUGCUGCCAGUGCUGGAAACCAUGCCUUGGCAUUGAGUUAUCAUGGAAAGUUAUUAGAUAUACCUGUGACAGUAGUUAUGCCAAGAGUAGCACCAUUAAUGAAAGUUAAUGCAUGUGUUCAUUAUGGUGCUAAUGUUAUAGUACAUGGUGAUGAUAUCGGGGAGUCCAAAGAUCAUGCCAUGAAACUGUCAGAUGAACAAAAUCUGACAUAUAUUAAUGGAUAUGAUCAUCCACACAUAUUAGCUGGUCAGGGUACAAUGGGUCUGGAAAUUGUGGACCAGGUUCCAGAUUUAGAUGCUUGUUUAAUACCUGUUGGAGGAGGAGGUCUAAUUGCUGGCACAGCUUUAGCUAUAAAAAGUUUAUACCCCAAUGUUAGAAUUAUAGGUGUUGAAUCAGAGAGGUGUGCCAGUUUUUCAUCUGCUUUAAAGGAGGGUAAACCAGUAUAUACCAAAGCUUCGUCAUCAUUAGCAGAUGGUUUAGCUGUGCCAACUGUAGGUGUGAAUGCUUUUAUUACAGCUAAACCAUUAAUAGAUAAAAUGGUGGUUGUCAAGGAGGAAUAUAUAGCUUUAGCUAUAUUACGUCUUAUAGAGUUAGAGAAGGCUGUAGUUGAAGGGGCAGGGGCUACUGCAUUGGCAGCCAUCUUACAAAAUCAAGUACCAGAAUUGGUGGGUAAAAAAGUAGUGAUACCAUUAUGUGGUGGUAAUAUAGAUACGACAGCUUUAGGUCGAGUUAUAGAAAGAGGUUUAGCUGCUGAUGGUAGAUUAGUAAGAUUUGUUGUAACAGUAACAGAUAGACCGGGUGGUAUAGCUGAUUUAACCAGAUUAAUAGCAAAUUUAGGGGUCAGUAUUAAAGAUAUAUUUCAUGAACGAGCAUGGUUAAAGUCAGAUGUAUUUGCUGUACAGGUAAAAUGUGUUGUUGAAACAAGAGAUGCACAACAUACUAAAGAACUAGAAGCUGAAUUAAUUAAACAUUAUGGUAAAGUAGUGUGGGGACCAGUGUACUUUUGAAUAUGAUAAACUCAAUUGUGUGAAUCUCAGUGGAUAUUUUAUUUUGUAUAAUUUUAGAUAAAUUAAGAACAGGUAUCAUUAUUUGGUUUUGCUAUUUAUCUUAAAUGUCUUUUAAAGAUCUCAGACAGCUUUAAUAGAACUUCUUCCUGGACACAGGCUCUGGAUAAAAUCUGGUGUCACAUUUGACCAUAAUUACUGUUUUAUAAUUGAAUUGAUUCAUAUUUCUCUAAAAGUUGUGUGUGUGUGUGUGUGCGCAUGAUUUUUGUUCCCCGCCUUUUGGAGAAAGCCGGGGAGUAGGAUGGUCAAAUGGUUAGCAGGUGCGCGCUGUAUCAUAAGAUCUGUCAUUGAGUCCACUGGCGUGGUUUCGAUUCCUCGGUUGUACGUGACAAGGAGUAGGGAAGCCUGUCCAACCUUGUGAGUUUUCUCUGGUUCCUCCAUUCCCACCCACUGCUAAAGAUCUCUAUGCGCAAUUGAAUUAUUGAAAUAAAUUUCAACCAUGUGUUAGUCCCGAAAUGACCUAGUUUGUGUCAAGUGGUCAUUAAACUCUCUCUCUCUCUCUCUCUCUCUUUCUCUCUCUGUCUCUCUGAGAAAGCCUGGGAAUAUGGAAAUAUUCAAAAUAAGUUUGUCUGUCGGCCCAAGAACUGUGCUUCUAGUUUCAAAUAUAAUUUUAAGAAGACAAAUCGGGAAGUGACACAAAUAAAAGAAAGCCGUUAUUGUUACCAACAGAAGCAGAAAGUGGUAACAGCUACAGUGACAAUUUUCCACUCACAGAUAAUUCGUCUGAAACUAGCUAUUCAUAAAAAGAAUUGACUGCCACAAGAUUGGAAAAAGGGAGAAAUAUAAGAAAUAUUAAAAGACAUAAAUCUGCCUAUUAGACAUUAAUUAACUUAUCCAGACCAUAAUCAAAUCUCGAUGUCAUCUCUAGUCUGCGAUGUUUAUUGGAUUAGGUUCCGAUUUGCUGUUCAAUUUCCAUUCAAGAUUUAAUCAUGAAAUGGAUAAUCGAGAAUAUGUUUUUUAUCGUAUCGACUUUAGUAAUGAUGAUCGCGACUAGGCCAAAAAUUCCAUUGCUAAAAUCUCGGUUUUUCAGCAAUUUCCCUUUACAUUAUCUAGUUUUUAGCUAUUAUAGUGAGAACUGCCAGCUCUUUAUCUAAUCUCCCAUUAUGUAUCUUUAAGCGAAAGGUAUAGUUUAUUCAUGUAGUCCCACAAACUAAAUUCAUACUAUUAUUUUUUUUAAAAGUUAUUGCUGUCUCUCAGUUUGACGUGUGGUCUCAUAAUAAGACAUAUGUAAAAUGAAUGUAUAUAAACUGAUUUACAUACAA